AACUAGAUUUCCUCUGAGAUGCAGGAUUAUAGAUCUUCAGAGAUGGAGCGCAGCUGAUCCGCCCGCACACAUUCAGCUUCAGCAGAACCAGGAUUUAUUUCAAGGACAGAUAGGACUUUUAAACAAGAUGCCUCUGGAGACGCUCCAACAGCAGCCGAAGAGGACGGCUCUAGCGGGGACCCCCCCCCGCCUGAGGCCGAAGGGGCCGGUGGGACCCGACUUCUACCGGCAGCUGAGGGCCGUGGCGGCGGCGGGGGGGCCGAGGCAGAGCGCCGUGGAGAGGCUGGAGGCCGACAAGGCCAAGUACGUGAAGAGUCAGGGGGCUCUGAGUAAACAGCAGCCUCUGGAGGAGAGGAAGGGGCCCCUGGAGGUCCUGGAGCUGAGGAACGGGCCCUUGGAGAUGAAGAAGGGGCCCCUGGAGGUGAGGAAGGGGCCUCUUGAAAUAAAGAACGGGCCUCUUGGGCUGAGGAAGGGUCCCCUGGUGCUGAGGAAGGGGCCUCUGGAGCUGAGGAAAGGGCCUCUUGAGGUGAAGAACGGGCCCCUGGAGGUGAGGAAGGGGCCUCUUGAGAUGAAGAACGGGCCCCUGGAGGUGAGGAACGGGCCCCUGGAGGUGAGGAACGGGCCCCUGGAGGUGAGGAACGGGCCCCUGGAGGUGAGGAACGGGCCCCUGGAGGUGAGGAAGGGGCCUCUUGAGAUGAAGAACGGGCCCCUGGAGGUGAGGAACGGGCCCCUGGAGGUGAGGAAGGGGCCCCUGAUGAGCUCUGCGGUGAUGAGGCCCACCAGGAAGACGAACACUAAGCCGGGGGGGCCGCAGCUGGACCUGCAGCACCUCAGCAACCUGAUCAGUGUCAGUGAGGGGGGGGCGCACUGUGAGGAGAGGGCGCCCGCUGAAACCGCUGACUCAACACAACAAGGCCCGCAGAAGGAGUGUCCGUGCCCCCCCCCUCGCCCCGACUGGUCCAGUCCGGCUAAAAUCAGAUUAAAAACCUUGGUAUCGACCCUUAUGGAGGAUCCUGGUUCUCCUCCGGCUGCAGGGACGGUGCGCAGGGUGGACGUCCUGCCUCCGGCCUGCAGACCCCCCCACUACAUGCUCCAGCCCCUGCAGCCCCUCCCUCUUCAACCCCAGUCUCCCCUCCACCCAGGCCCCUCCCACCUGCGUCUCUUCCACACCAGAACCACUCCCCGGGCCUCGCCUCUGAAACCCGUCGUCGCUGCAUAUAAACCUGAAUGUCCUGCUGGUAAAAACCCCUCCUCCUCCUUCCCCAUCUCCCUCCCUGCCGUCCCCCCCCCCUCCCUUUCCCUCUCCCCCGCCGUCACCCUUCUCUCCUCCUCCAGCUCCAGGAAGCGCCGCUCCCUCGCCCGCUCCAAAUCGGACCUGAGUGACCGCUGCUCCAUGGAACGUUUCUUCAACCUGUGCGGCGUCGACCCGUCCGACCUGCAGCUCGCCGGCUCCUGCUCCGACAUCGUGUCCCUGGCUCGGUUCCGCAGCGUCAGCGCUCCGGGGUCCGAGUGCGCCGGUGAGGAAGAAGAGGAGGUGGAGGAGGAAGAGGAGGAGGCUGGGAACGCCGCAGCAAGAGUUCCUUAUGGAAUUUCUGUCAUCGAGAAGAACGCCAGAGUCAUCAAGUGGCUGUACGGACUCCGACAGGCCAUAGACACCAAGAGCACCAACCUAUAGCAUCUAAAGACUGCUUCAGUACGGAUCCAUCCAAAGGUUAUUUGUUCUUUAGUAUAUAUGUCUACAAAUUGUGCCAAAUGUGCAUUCCCAGUUUCUCCAAGACUUGAAUUGAGCAAAAGGACCAAUUUGUUGCACAGGUUGCAACCAGAUAAUAUUUUCAAUGUCAAUUCAUCUGCACAUUCUUUUGUAGAUAAAUAUAAAUGUCAGAAAAUACUGAAAAAUGUCAUUGGCAGUUCCUCCAAGGCUUUAAAUGUUCACAAGUACCAAUUUGUUGCACGGGUUGCAACUCAGGAUCAUUUUCACCAUCAGUUAAUCUGCAGGUUGUUCUCUAGAUUAAUUUAAUAUCAGAGAAUACAGGGGAAAUGUCCUGGGUCAUGUCCUGGCUGCAACUACUUCCUUAUGAAGUAAUCUGCAGGUUAUGUUCUUUAUUAAUAUGAACGUCAGGGAAUAGUAAAAAGUACCAGUUUGAUGCAUUCUGUGAAAAAGGGCUGCAACCAAGGAUUCUUAUCGACCACUUAAGAAGUUGAUUAUUUCUCGAUUUAUUGUUUGAUAUGUCGCAAUUUGUUCAAGCCUUUUAAAUGUGCCAAAUGAACAAUGUACAGCACAGUGGUAAAUGGUCUUAAAUAGGCCGGUAAUUACGAAUUAUUAUCCAGUUUAAAUGAUUAAUCAAUUGGAUUAUAAAAUGUCAAAAACAUCCUAGUUUUCCAAAGUCGUGAAAUGUCUUGUUGUCCGUUCAAAACCCAACGAGAAAAGCAGAUCGUCUCCAUAUGUGAAAACGGCAUGUUCAGUAAUCAGUUAAUGAUCCCUGGUAGUUUGACUUGUUGACUAAUUUUUGCAGCCAGUGAGAUUUAAAACGAAAGUAUAAAUGUCAUGAUGAAACUGAUAGUAAUUCACGUCCAUUUGUUUUUUUAUUUUACAACAAUAUUUUAUCUUUAUUUUGGAAAUUUCAGUUUGAUAGACAGCGAAAGUCUUCAAUAUUUCUUUGUUAAUUUGUCUUUUUUUAAAUGCUUUUUCUUUGUGGAAGUCCCUCUGUGGUCCCGUAAAUGAACGGCAUUAAAGAUUGUACAGUGAACGCA